GGUACGUGCCUUGGACCUGGCCAGGCCAAAGAAAUAACGUCAGGAGUACCCACCAAAAUCCAUCCUGCAUUUCCCACCACCGGCUCGUCCGGAAAACGUGCGUUAGCUUCCGGACGACGGGUUCAGUCAAGUGAGUCGAGUCACACGUACCUCCUCUCUGACGAAAACGAUCGCAGGGGAUUCCGCUCCGAGUGAGGAAAGGCGGGAGUGUUGGCGCGUGCCGACGUGAAUUUAAAGGGCUUGGUUUUCGAUAGAAAAAGAAACGUGGCUCAGUCGAGAGAACCCGGCUUAGGAUAAUUUUCCGAGAACAAACGUCCCGGCGUCUCGAGUAUAGGUACAUAAAGAAUUUGCUUUCUCGUAAAUCCUUUUUGGAAUCACGACUUGAUGAUACCCGGUCGUAAAAUUGAUUCCUUUUGGUACUCACAAAGGGAAGCGAACAGCUUUCCUCUGAUUUUUCGAGAGGUAGCUCCGCGUCGAUUCGCUAUCUCGCGUUGCUCGCGUUACGCUCGAGUUUUUACAAGUGAACCAUCAUUGGCUAGUUGGUUGCGUGCGGUGAUUAGCGAAUCAAUUACAGGGAUCGCAUCGGUGGUAAGAGUGCGUGCACGGGUGCACGGUGUGUGAUGCCCUCGUUAUGGUUAACCGUGAGUGAGGUCAGUGGCAAAAGGCGGAGAAGAAGAAUCGGCAGCGCAACGUUAUCCGGAUUGUCAUCGUUGUUGCCACCGUAUUCGUCGUCGUUCUACCAGCCGUUCUGGAGACGACGAGAGCAGUGACCGCGCAAGGUCGACCUCGAGGCAGAGGUACGCGAUUAUGGUGAACCAUCAUCAUCGUCGCCGCGGCCUCCAGGCGAGCCUCCACAUACUUUUGUUGAUCCUCGGCCUCUGUGGGCCCGUGCUCGAUAACAGCGGUGGCAUCGCACUGGCAUGCGGACCCGGACGAGGCGGUGGCCGACGGCCUAUCCUGAGGAAACUCACACCCUUGGUCUACAAGCAGCAUGUGCCGAAUGUCAGCGAAAAUACAUUGCCGGCGAGCGGACUCAGUGAAGGACAAGUGGUAAGAGACGAUUCUCGAUUCCGAGACCUGGUGCCCAACUAUAAUUCGGACAUCAUCUUUAAAGACGAAGAGGGCACCGGUGCCGAUCGUCUCAUGACACGAAGGUGUAAGGAGAAACUUAAUACUUUGGCGAUCUCGGUGAUGAACCAAUGGCCUGGGGUGAAGCUGAGAGUGACCGAAGGUUGGGAUGAAGAUCACAAGCACGCGCCGGAUUCUUUGCACUACGAGGGACGAGCGGUUGAUGUGACAACAAGCGAUCGAGAUCGCGCGAAGUACGGAAUGUUGGCGAGACUUGCGGUCGAAGCUGGUUUCGAUUGGGUCUACUACGAGUCCAGGUCGCACAUUCACUGCUCCGUUAAAUCUGAUUCGUCUUCGGCAGGCAAGGCUGGCGGCUGCUUCCCGGGAAGAAGUAUAAUUACAACAGAGGAUGGCAGCAGAAAAAGACUGGACGAGGUUCGUCUCGGCGAGCGAAUCGCCGCCGUGGAUUCUCGAGGAGACGUCGUCUACAGCGAGGUAAUCGCCUUCCUAGAUCGUUCCCCGUCCGAGAAAAGACAGUUCAUUCGUCUGACCACAAAGUCCGGCCGAGUUCUCACAUUGACGCCGGCGCAUCUGGUGCCAGUGGAAGGUAGAUCAUCGGUGUUCGCCAAAAUGGUGCAAAUCGGCGACAAGAUCCUCGUGAGCGACGCCACGACAAGCCUGAGAAACAGCGUGGACAAUCGUUUGCGAUGGGAUACCGUCGUCGAGACGAAGCUAGUUCUCGAAGAGGGUGUGUUCGCGCCAUUGACGACGGAAGGUACCCUCUUGGUCGACGACGUUGUUGCGUCUUGUUAUGCCGUGGUCGACAGCCAGACAGUAGCGCAUUAUUCCUUCUUACCGUUGAGGAUCUGGAAGAGCGUGACAUCCUUCUUCGUGCAAAGGUUAGACGACGACGUGCGACACGUCCAGGUCAGACACAGCAACGGCACUGAGCCGACGACGACGAUGCCGGAAGGCGUUCAUUGGUACGCGUCGAUGCUCUAUACGCUGGCUUCGUACGUGUUGCCAUCGAACAUGCUUUACAAGUGAAAAUCUCCCGACUCGACAAAAAUGAAGAAUGUGUCUUGACUCGGAUGAUGAUAAUCCAUUUUGGUGAUGUUCAAUUAUUUCGCGAUGAUACGUCCUCGAACUCUAAUAUAAAUAAUCAAGACGAUUGAGACUUUUGAGAGAAAAGUUUUCCUUUUUUAAUGAUCUAUCAUCGUGGUAAGAUACACGUAAAUAGUGAAAUAUGCGCAACAUGAGAGACUACAAUCUAUAGACGUCAUCUUUCGACUAUCUUUCAUCAUUUUUAUUAUGUAUUUAAUUAUUUACGUGCGGAAUAUAUAAGAGACACAUGAAAUUGGCCAGUGAUCUACUCGUGUUUACCGAAUGAUAUGUAGUAUAUUAGAUUCGUAAUGUGAGAGUGAAAACAGCUUUAGGGGUUCAAACUCAUCCCUUCUAUAUAUAUUUUAAGUGUGUAUAAUAUUGGUGGUAUAUAUACUAUGAAAUAUAAAUAUGUUUCUGUGUCCCUUGUGUGUUCCUUAGGAAAGUGUUCGCGAACUGUGUGUUUUGUCCGGCAUAUUUGUGUUUAAAACUGUUUUGCUAGAAAAUAUUAUUUACUGUGCAAAAAAAAUGUGUAAAAUAAUAAUAGAUAUUGACUGUUUUUAUUAUAAUGUUAACAAAAUAAGUCUGAUGUACGUGUAGAGCAUAUCUAUAUUUAAACACAUCUGCGUUGUUAAAAUUAUAAUUAAUUUUAGAUUAGAAACAAUAAGAAAAAUAUUAUUUUUAAUCUAAAAAAGAUCUGUAAAACGCUUUUUUACACUUCUUGGAACGAAGAUAAUUAAUUGUAUAUAAUUUGCUUGUUUUUUUUUCACUUUCUUUCUAGUAAAAUGAAAGAUGAACGGUAGAUUGCUUUAUUUUUUGCCUUGAUAAUAUGUGUUUUAUGACCAAUAUAUAUAAUAAUAUAUACGUAAAUAUGUGAGUUUUUCUAGCAUCUCUUUUUUGCACUUUUGAUGAAUGAAAAUAAACGUGAAUUAAAAUAAAUGUGAGUUCUGAAUGAAAGAAAUAAAGUGCAAAGAGUGUAAGCUAAAAGAACUCGAUUGAUAUUUGCUGUCAGUAUCAGUGACUAUUUAUCUAGUACCUUUAAAUUGUAUAGUAAAUUGUAUUAGGUCAUAUUUUUCUCUUAUAUUAUUAUACUUUCUGUCACAUCUUUUACGAUAAAUCAUUACUGACGCAAAAAUUAAUUAAUUAUUUUAAUAAUGUAAGAAUUGUUUCAUUGAGAAA